AUGUCACCCUUUGGUUAAGAAAUGUGUGAUUUGCAUGGCAUUACUACUCUUUUCUAUGAAUUAUCCUCAGCUCCCUAAACUGGUACAAAAAUUAAAACACGGAGAGGGUUUCCUCUGUUCCUGAAAUGACUUUACAUAUUUUCAUUUUCUUAACCUUCAUACUCAUGUGGGAGAUUAUUUUGUUGCCUGUCAGUUCAGAUGUCAACAGAGUUUUGGGAAUGAACCCCCCUAACAAAUCUCAGAAGCAUCCACCUUAUUUUUGGAGUAAAUGUUACAUUAUCAUCUGUAUAAUCCUUCUCCAUUCUCUUAGAUGCCAUUUGAUUUUAGUUAGUAGCAGACCCCAUUGCCUGGAGUCUUUAACAUUUUGAUCCUUUAAAAUAUAAGACAUGGUUAAAUCAAAUUAUUGGGGCAAAAUGGUAAAUCACAACCACCUCCCUUAUCUUUAGAAAGCUAAAUGCCCCAUCUAACUCUUAAGACUUGUAUGUGAUUUAAGUGAACACCUAAUCCUUUAACUAAAUUCUUGGUCCUGGUACAGUGAUAUUCACUACUUCUUUUACUACUUUUCCAGCAUUUUUAAUUCAUGUGGCAUCACUUGGGCUCUAAAAGAGCACUGAAAAAAACAUUGAGGGUCUAAGAAUUGAAUCAUAUUGUUGUUCUGUAUAUUGAGAAUACAGUGCUAAAACAAAUGCACCCUGGGUAGAAACCUUGCUGCAGCAGGUACGCGCUGAUUCGUCGCAGAGAUAAUACAAAGGGAACACAGGUCUACCAAAUAUAGCAAUGCAGCUGGAGUAUAUAGGCUGCUGGAGAAAGAAAGUGUUAUUUAAAGAUUUAAAGAAAAAAAAAAUCUGUCUUAACCAGUGUCCAAACAACAAAGGAUUGAACUUCCUGAAUGGCACGGGAAUACAUUUAGAAGUACUCCUUGUCUUCCUCCUGUCCACCACAUGCACUUUGUGCAUGGAGGCCUGCCAGAAAGUAGAGCACAGGCAUUGCUGGGGACUAAAGUCCUUUGCCUUGCAGGUCCAUGCAGGGUCUGUCUUACUCUCACUGAGAGCUGGCUCUAGCAUUCACAGCCCCAACGCAGAAAUUAUUAUGAAAUUUUUUAGGCCUCUGAUGUGAAUAUGCACCAAAUGCCCAUUUUGGCAGUACUGUAUGAGACCCCAGAAGAAAUGUAUUAUCAGUAAACUGAGUUAAAGUCAUGUAUGAAACAACAGAGGAAGUGCUGAUUAGUACAGAGCUUAUUCAUCUUUGGUCUCAGAUGGAAGACUGCUGGGAUACUAUGAGAAAAAAGGGGAAGCCCUGGCAAAGGAAAUGCUGUUGUGAACAAGCUUGGUAAUGCCUGGUUUCAUUUUGUGUGCUCCAGUUAAAGCAUGCAGCAAAACACUUGCUGUCCCUGAGACGUAAUUCUCCUUGCCUCUGGCUCUCUCAGUGUAGAAAUUUUCAUCUUUCAAAAACUCACUUGUUUUUUCCUGCACACUUGGAUAGAGUGCCUUCCAUGGUGGCACCAUGAUUUUAAUAGAGCAAAGCACAGCCACUAUUAAGAAUUUGUUGGUUCAGCUACAGAAAGAAGUAGCAGUAUUCCAAAUCCAGUUUAGUCAAUAGAAAGACAGCUGUGUAUAGAUUGUCAUAACCGAGGUAAUGAACAAAAAAGAGGGUAAGCUGAGGGCCAUUCAGACUGGUGAAACAAAAAAGACAAGUGAUCAAGUUUUUAAUUCUUCAUUCUUCCCAAGGUAGAAGGCUACGUUUCUCUCACUCCUGUGCUCCCGGGUUAUAGCACCUUUUAUGUUCCAAUUUUCAGCUCUCUAGCUGGACUUGGCACUGGCAAGACUUCCUUUUGGUUCCUUCCUGACUUCCUGACCGUUGUAGCUGAAAACUUUUUGCAUUACUUAGGUAUUUAUCCAUGGGGAAAUGCUAUUGAAUGAAAGGUUUAAAAUAACAAAAGCUCUUAUGACUCUGACUUAAUUAAAGCUUAGCACUUCCAUAAAGAUUAAGUAGGCCUACUUAGUCUCUUUCUGUAGGACUUGCUCUUUUCUUUGUCUGCUGCAAUCAAGCCAUUUACCAAUCACUGAACUGGGAGUGAUGCACUUGCCUGUCUUGCAUUCCUUUUAUGGCUUCUGCCCAAUUAUUUCUCUGUCUCUAACCCCAAAAUUAUAUUGACUCAGAGAUAAUGCUUCAACAGCAUUAUUCACAAAGUCCAGCAACCUGGCAUUCUGAAAGGCCCAACUCUAGAUUUUAUAUUAAUGCAACAAAGGAAGGGGCAAAGCAAAGUGUUGCAACAAACUGAAAAGUUAAUCUGGUAUGUUCUUGGUUCUCAUGCAGGUUUGUCAACUUCUGGUUUUUAUUUAUAGCAUGGCAUGCAAUAAUAUCAAAUUUUGGUAAUCUUGGUAGCAUAAUGAUGCCACACAACAUGAAAAAGGAGAAUUAUCUGACUGUAGGUUAUUCCUACUUGUUGGGACCGCACUGUGCCUGCCCACUUUUCUGAGUUCUGCCUGUAGAUUCUGGUGUCUACUGCAGCAGAAUGCAGAGAGGUCCAUUUCCAAUCUGUUCAAAGGGACAACCCUGUAGAGUGGUAAGAGGAAUGAUGAUUAGUUUAUAACAAAGCAGCAUGUGGUAGCGUGUGAAUAGGUUUUCUUUGCCUUCUUUCAUCAGAGCUGCAGUGUUAGCUGUAUUUCUCUUUUUUCAUGUUGCAGGUAGACUUCAUGGUGCAGCAGGUUGCUCCACAUUUGCACAUCUCAGGAAAGUAGACAUGUGCAACCAAGGACAUCAAUGGCAUUCUGCUAAAGGCAGAAUAUUUGAGAGCUGUAUUAUAGCUACCCUUCAUUGCAAAAUAUGGUGCUUGAUGCCAAGCUGAAACAUUUCAUGGCUGUGGUGUGUGGACACCUAUUUUAACAGGAUAUGACAGCAAGAGACAAAUCAUGGAUUCAGCAUUUGUGUCUGAAAAUGGCUAUCUUGAUUUGCUGCACAGUGAUAUCGAUCCAUUGCAUCUGUAUACUCUUCUUGAUCCUAAAUCAUCUGGAAAUGAAGAAGGUGACUUCUCUGCAGAUCCUGAAGUUGAUAUCAGCAACUGUGAUCAGUUUAAUAAUAUGGAUUUCCUGUAUACGAUGGAAAAUGGUGAAAAUGGGGAUGAAUUGUAUUUCUGUUCCAACACCAUAGAAGCUUAUGCUAGAAUAGCUGAAUUAGCAGACUAUGUGCUCAAAGAUCAGCAGGAGAAGCAGGUGGAAGACACUUUUGCAGGGAACCUUAUUUUGGAUGAAAUGGCUGCUGAAAACACUGAGAAAUUUACUGACAUAAAGAUGCAGAAAUGUCACAAACGAACCUUCUUAGGCUGUGCAGAGAGUUGCUCUGAUGCUUCAGAACCCAAGUACAAGAAAAUUGUGGAAGUCCCUGCAGUGUCUUCAGGGAAUGGCAGUUUCUUAGCUAUGCCUCUCAACAGCCAUCCAGCUAACUCCACCUCAUUAAUUAACCAGCACAUGUCCUUUUCUGUUCCUGCUACCAAUGCAUUGGAAAGAAGUUUUGUAAUUCCUGGAUCUUCAGCACCUUUGAUUCCAGAGUGUCUACCUGUUGGCAUGAAAGGGAGCCAAGAGAAUACAGGCUUUGCAGAUCCUCCUCAGCAGAUCCUUAACUUUGUUCUUGGAAAUGGCACAUCUGAUGUUAUUAUAUAUCCAGUGUUGACUUCUUCCGUGGAAUCAUUGAUAUCCCCAAGUUUUCCAGUUGGUUUAUGUGGUUUAGAAAUGUUCAAAGAACUCCGAGUUCCCGUCAUCCCCCCUGAAGAACCUCUCAAAAGACCAAAGCCAGUGGAAGCUUUCUGUACAUCACUUAUGGAUUAUUUCCGAGACGUGUGCAAAUCAGUGGCCAUGGAGCGUGAAGUAGCUCUUGAUCACCUGUUUAUUGAUGGGACACUUGUUCAAAGCCAAAUUGAAACCAAGACUGGGAAAAAUAGUGUAAAAGCAAUGGAAAAGGGGCUGGUAACUUGCAGUCUGCAAGGGAAGGAAAAGGCAACCCUUAAAAGAAGUCAAAUAUUUCAAGUCCUGGGAGGUAAAGACUUAGAGACUAAAGUGAUUGUGGUGCUAGGAAAAGCAGGAAUGGGCAAAAGCAUUCUUGUUCAGAAGAUCUGCCAGGACUGGUCCAAUGGAGAGUUCUCUCAAUUUGAAUUUGUAUUUUGGUAUGACUGCAAACAAAUAAGCUUGCCUGAGAAGCGAUACAGCUUGAAGGAACUGCUUCUUGAUUUUUUUGUGAAACCUCAAGAAGGAAGCAAAGACAUCUUUGAGUAUAUAUUGCAAAAUCCUGCUAAAGUCCUUCUGGUUUUUGAUGGUUUUGAAGGGUUGCACGAUCAUGAGAAUUUUCCUCGUUGCUCGGCCAGGCAGCCUGAAAAAGACUUGUGUAGUAUAAAGGAGCUGCUUUCAGGACUCAUCCAAAGAAAGAUACUCAAUGGCUGUACUUUAUUACUUACAGCAAGACCAAAAGACAAGAUGUACCAGUAUGUGUCCAAAGUGGAUAAGACUAUUGAAAUAGUAGGAUUUUCUCAUCAGCAGAGAGAAUUGUACAUAACCAAAUACUUCGAAGGAUUACCCUACUGUGAUAAUGCACUGAAAUUAAUCAGAGAGUGUGAGUACUUGUUCAGUCAUUGUUACAGCCCUCUUAUGUGUAGAUUUGUUUGUUUUCUCUGUGAGACGGUACUUGAAAUGGGAGACAAAAGCCUUCCUUCAACUCUUACUACAGUCUUCCUGAAAUUUGUUCGGCAAAAGAUAAUACCUAUGCAAACAGAUGUUACAGCCAUGCAAAAUCAAGAGUGUCUUGCUAUGCUAGCCCGUAUAGCCUGGUAUCUUGGAGAAAAGCACCAAAGUGCCAUGAAAAGUGAUCAUCUUCCUUCUAAGGAAGUUAAAGAAUUUGCUUUGAAAUAUGGAUUUUUCCUGCCAUUUGCAUUUCCCAGACCUUCAGAUAGUGGAGAAGAGGAAUUUGGGAGCACAUUCUCUGAUUUUGUCAUUCAGAAUUUUUUGGGUGCGCUUCACCUUAUGUUAGCAGAAGACAUCAAGGAUAAAAGUCUAACAAAGUACCUGUCUUUUCCAUCCAAGAAGAAAAAACCUUAUAACUGGUCAGAUUUAGUGCCUCGAUUUCUAGCUGGAUUGUUGUUCCUCCAGGAUGACUCCUACUUCUGCUCCCUUUCAAAUAAGGAUGUAAAACAAUCCAUGAAGAAACAGAAAACACUCUUGAAAUAUUUUAAAAGGCUUCAAAUAAAUGAGCUCUGUCCAGAGAGGUUACUCGAGCUUUUGCAUUGUAUUUAUGAAACACAAAGCAAUUAUCUUUUGCAGCAUGUGGCCUUAAGGCUCAAGCCAGAUCUGUCUUUUCUGGGCAUACUUCUCACACCACCUGAUGUCCAUGUACUGCACUCUAUUUUAAAAAGGUCAAGAAAAGAGUUUUCCUUGGAUUUGAGAAACAGCAGCAUUGACAUGCAAGGGCUAAAAGACUUGGUUGGCCUAAAGAAUGUGGCAUCGUUCAGGGCCUCCCUCAGUGAUACAGUCAGGCUCUGGAAAUCUUUAGAACAAACAAAAGACUACGAACUGCUGAGAGCAUCAACUGAGAAAUUUGUUCUUGAUCCCUUUAAGGCAAAGACAAUGAAGGAUGUCAGUGACCUUUCAGACCUUGUAGAGAUGCAGGAGAAGAUGAUCAGCUGUGUGCAAGAUGCAUCUGGUUGUGGCAACUAUGAAAUUCCUGCUAUCAAAAACCUCAGAAAACUAGAAUUUGCUCUGGGUCCAGUAUGUGGCCUACAGGGAUUCCAAAAACUCGUGGAAAUCCUUGCAGCAUUUCCUUCACUUCAGCAUUUAGACCUUGAUGCUCUGAGUGAAAAUGGCAUAGGAGAUGAAGGAGCAAAGAGUCUAUCUGAAGUCUUUCCAACACUGACAUCACUGGAAACAUUAAACUUAUCACAGAAUAAGAUAACAGAUGUGGGUGCGGAGAAACUAGCUACAGCUCUUCCUUCCUUGUCUUCGUUAAAGACACUAAGCUUAUACAAUAAUAGCAUUUGUGAUUUUGGAGCAGAAAAUCUUGCAAAAGUUCUUCCUGCGAUGGCAUCUUUAAGAGUGCUAGAUGUUCAGUAUAACAAAAUAACUGGUGUUGGAGCCCAGCAGCUGACUGACAGCCUACGAAAAUGUCCCCAUAUAAAGAACUUGGUGAUGUGGAAUCCCACCAUUCCCUAUGGAGUUCUCGAACACCUUCAGCAGCUGGACUCUAGGAUCAGUGUGUAGAUUAAGAUGAUCCCAUAAAGGUAACAUAAAAAAGAGAGGAAGGCAUCCUCUGUAUCUUCCUAUCCUCUUGCUCCUUUAUGAAUUGGUGGCUGAUGUUCACGACAGUGGCAAAAUGAAAAGAGUCGCAUUUAAGCUUGAGCAAUGCUUGAAGUGGGUGAAUGAUGGAGUUCAAUUUUUUUAAGGGCUAUCUAAAAAAUUUAAAAAUGCUAUUCAAGGACCCAGUUGUGUUUCUACUGAAGUGAUGAAGAGUUAAGCAGCAUCAAGUUUCAAAGAUGAAAAGAGCAUCUGGAUAUUGUGAUCACCGUUAAAGAUGACCAGGAAUUACCAGGAUAUUGACAUUAUAAAAUUCCAUCAUCGAUUCAUCAAGUAGACUGCAAGCUGCUGGACCUGCAACAUCUGAAACAGUGACAGGUCAAACCUAAUUGUUUCAUGGUAACAGUGGUGACUGCAAUCAAAUUUGGUUUGAUGAUUUUGGACUUCCAAACCUCAACGUUACAGAUUUUACCCAUCUGUCUGGACUGAUUUGAAGCAUUAGGAUCAGGAGCAUAAAUAAGAAUGAUCAGUCUUAGAAAACAGUCUCACAGUAUCAGACUAUCAACGAGAAUGCAGAAGUGGCUCUUUCCUUGAUGCUAAUCACCAAUGCUGUCUUAAGGGAUGGAAAGAUAUUUGCUAUCACUUGUUAUAGAAUCUUUCAAAAAGAUUAGGAAAAAAGAAGUAAAGACAAGAAAUUAAUUAAAACUAGAAAACUAUUAAGGAUUUUUUUCUGACAUUAUUGAAGAAAUCCAAAUGCAUACAAAGAGCUUCAGUUAAUUGCACAAAAAUCCUUGAAGUGACAAUCUUCAAAGCUUUUGAAGCUCCUGUCUCAAAUGAGAACUUUAAACUUUUUUUCUUCAUUCAUAUACCUGCAUUGUGAUUUAGUUUCUCACUUGCAGGUGGCAGCAUAAAUGUACAAGCGUCCUUUUUAUACUUGACAGUGAAAUCACUACUGUGUGUGGUUUAUGUGGCCUUCUAUUACAGAGUUGUAAAAAACUAGGCAAUGACACACUGUAACAUUUUUCAAAGUGCUAUCGUGUGUCUGCGCUGCUGGCCUCAGUGAUAUGUGGGCCAAAUACCAGUCCUGUUGACUGCAAUAGCAAAACUAUCAUAUCCUUUAUGCUUUUUUCUCUUUUCUUCUUCUAUUUCAGCUCUGUGAACAUGGAGGGAACUUAAAAUCAUACCAAGACAAUUGUCAGGACUAGCAUUCUGGCUCCCUGGCCAGAUACAGUCUGGAGACAGAAAACCAAAAAGGGAUGGAAAAAGCUUGGAAUAUUUGACAUGCCACAAAUUGGGAAGGGAGGUCUCUACUUCAUGGUUAGCUCAGGGUUAACUCAACAACCUCCUUGAAAUUUCUUCUGCGAGGAAGCACUGACAGUACUGACCCAAGCAUCUAUGCAAACUAGUGUCUUCAACAAACCUCUCAAAUGCUCUGCUACUUGGUUUUUAAAAAGUCCCCAAUUUAAAGAGCUCAAAGCCCCAAUCUUUACGUUCUUUCCAGCAAAUUAUACUUCUCUGCUGAAGUUUCAGUGCCUGCAGAAUCUUGACAGCAGGGUGGAGGGUGGACAAACUGAAGAAAGAAAGAAGGUCAGGUUUGUUGUUUCUGUUAAUCAAAGGAGAGCAGGGAACCAUACCUAGUAUUUUAGGGUAAUAGUACAAGAGAGUAAGGUAGAAAAACACCAUGGAGAAUAUGAUUGUUACUAGAAAGUGGUAUGUUUCUUAACUAUCUGCAUGGUUCUCUCUAGCCAAACUCUAGCCAGAGUAACGGGGGAAAAAAAAAAUCUCAUUUACAUUCCUGUCUUUCAGCUGCCUGAAAGGGAGGUAAUUUGAGCCAAAUCCUGUGUGAUGUUCCCAUCAGCCUGCAGCACUCCAGCCAUGCAGAUCUAUGGUGAGCCCUUGGCUUGCCUUCCCUUAACUAAGCUUUGGAUGACAACUGCCCCUUUAUGGAUAUAUUCUGCAGCUACACUUCACUAUGACUGAAUCUGAGGAUGUGUUAAGUAUUACACAGCCGAUGGUUACAGGACCCAGUCUGGAUUUAUCAGUCCAUGUUGGGUAUACUGCUGCCCUCUUGCUCUGAGUUAGUAAGAGAUGUAGUUUAUAAUGUACAGAUUGUAAAUUGUGAUACAGUGUUUUGCUUGUCUUUAUAGAUCUUUUUAAAGUAUUAAUAAAAGUAUUACUUUUUACAGUA